UCCUGUUCCACGUAGCACAACGGAAGAAUAAUCGCGUCUGUUUCUGAUUCUAACACCGAAAUUAUCAGCACAUCAUCAUCUGAUAUCUCGGCAUCAUCAGAGUCCAUCAACGAGAGGUCUUCCACAACAUCUUGAAGAUAAAUAAAACAGCACAAAUCCACGAAAAUGUACUUAUUGGGUAUUCUUGCAAUCAUUGCAACGGCUCAGGGCACAAUGUAUAUACCAGAAAUGAAGGACCACCUGUUAUCAGAGCUACUACUUCGCGACAUAAUAGAUCGCAUGGGUAACGAACUUGUUGAAGCAGCUGAUUCAUACAUAGAUUAUCAAGACCAAGCUCGUGGCACUGACGACUACGAUAAAGCCAAAGAAAUACCGGCUGAGAUGCCGAUUGAUUACGAAGGGAUUGAGACACUCAAUCCAAAUCCAAGUAUAAGGGAUCAGGAGUAUCUUCGUCACAGUACAUUAAAUUCACAUCAGAGAUUGAAUGACAAUGGGGAUAAUCGGCAUAGAGUUCAGCUGGCUGGCCUCAAGGGAGUCAAGGAUGAGAAGACUGAGAAUACCUUGCCGGCUUACUGCACACCACCAAAUCCCUGCCCCAUUGGGCAUACCGGUCAAAAUCAUUGCAUCGAAGAUUUUGAAAACACCGCAGCAUUCAGUCGAGAUUACCAGAGCGCUCAAGACUGCAUGUGCGACACAGAACACAUGAUUGACUGCUCCAACGAUUCAGGGAGUGAUCGGGAAAUGGUAAACGUUCAAAUUCCAAAUUCCGAAUUUGAUCAAAUUGUCGAACAAUUUCAGGAGACCAAUCCUUUCUUCAGAGGUGAGAAGCUACCAAUAGCAGCGAAGAAGGGAAUUCACGUAAUAUCAUGAAUGAAGAUAUAUCAUUAAUUACUCAAUCUUUCAAUGAACAGAAAGAAUUAUUUAUUCUUGGUGGUCUAAUAUCGAUGUUACUGUAUCAAAGAGAAAUUUAUGUCAUGUUUUUUCUCUAUAUUUUAGUCCCAUAUUGCGAUAUUGAGUAUGUAUUUUUUCAUAUUCAUGUCGACAAGAUCCUUUGGAACAUGAUGAAAAGUGUACAACAAAUGCGAUUUCUUCACGACACAUGAAUCGUCUGUUUUUUCAUGUGGAAGUGUUCAAUUUUCUCCGGCAUUGGAGAGUUGACUUACGUUUCAUAGAUAUAAUGAUGAUACAUAAUAUAUUUUGAAAAUCGAAAGCUCA